UGCUUGCACCAGUUACAUUGAGUACGCUUUAAAGGGAGAAACCAAAGAGAGAGGUUAACCCUUUCAGAAGCGUUAAAGCGUAAAACAGGCGUUGUGUGUGGAUUGGGUGUCUGGGUCGGGUCGCACAUUCGCAAGAAUCACCUUCUUCACCUACAUCGCCAUCUGCUAAAAUAAAUCAGAGACAACCAAAAAAGAAAACAACCAACUCGUCUUUUUGUUUGUUUGUUAUUGUCAUUAUUAUUGCAUGUUUUUAUUGGUCUCAGGUUUUCUUGGUUGGAAAGGGUCCCCUGAGUCAUUGCUAAAAGCAACCAGCUGCUGGGUGCUGUUCUGUUGAACUUUUUUUAUCAGGGUUGUGGGAGUAAUUGUUGAUUUUUGCCUCACUUCUUGAGGAGACUUUUUCAUGUUUUGAUUGUCCUUUUUUCUUUUUUCGACGUAAAAGAUCGUUUGUGGGUGGUGUUACAAAAUGAUGUGGAGGGACCCAGGAACCCCAGCUGAUGAUUAUUAUCAGGUCCGCCCUGAAUGCAAAGAUGUUCCUGAAAGCAAGUUCAGGAUCAAGGCUGGCAAAACUUUAAGUGCCCGGAAAUGGAAUGCUGCUUUCGCUCCAGACGGGGUUCUUGACAUAGGCAAAACGCUGAAUAGAAUUCAUCGUGGGGGCAUUCACCCUUCAAUUAGAGGUGAAGUUUGGGAAUUUUUAUUGGGUUGUUAUGAUCCUAAGAGCACUUAUGAGGAACGUGAGGAAAUACGAGAACAGCGAAGAGCCAAGUACGAAAUUUUGAAAGAAGUGUGUAAAAAGAUGUUUCCAUUGAUUGGAAGUGGAAAGUUUGUCACUGCACCAAUAAUUAAAGAAAAUGGUGAACCUACUGAGGAUCCAAUUGUACUUCAGCAAAUUAGUCUUGCGAAGGAAGAUGGGGCUGAGGAGCAUUCGGAUGUUCCCAUGAGCAAGAAAGAGAUUGAGUGGAAACUAACAUUACAUCAAAUAGGUCUUGAUGUGGUUCGUACUGACCGGACGCUAGUGUUUUAUGAGAGUCAAGAGAAUUUGGCCAAACUUUGGGAUAUCCUGUCUGUCUACUCCUGGUUCGAUGGAGACGUCGGCUAUUGCCAAGGUAUGAGUGAUCUUUGCUCCCCGAUGAUUAUGCUCCUUGAGAACGAAGGAGAUGCAUUUUGGUGCUUUGAACGUCUGAUGCGGAGAUUGCGAGGAAAUUUCAGAUGCACUGAGGACUCUGUAGGGGUGGAGUCGCAACUUAGUAAUCUAGCUUCAGUGACACAAGUUAUUGACCCUAAACUUCAUCAGCACUUAGAGACCCUAGGCGGGGGUGAUUAUCUCUUUGCUUUCCGAAUGCUUAUGGUUUUGUUUCGUCGAGAAUUCUCUUUUGGUGAUUCACUGUAUCUUUGGGAGAUGAUGUGGGCUCUUGAAUACGACCCUGAUUUAUUCCUCAUGUACGAGGAGGACUUGGAAGCCUGUGAAAGACCAGACGGGACGAAAGGAAAGGGCAAGUCGAGGAAGCAGUGCGGAAAGUAUGAAAGAGAAAAUAUGAGAAACGGAGGCGCUGCACCGCUCCCUAUUUCAGUUUUUCUUGUAGCCAGUGUCCUAAAGGACAAGAGUACUAAGCUGCUAACAGAGGCCCGCGGAUUAGAUGAUGUUGUUAAGAUACUGAACGACAUGACUGGUAACCUCGAUGCUAAGAAAGCAUGCAUUAACGCAAUGAAGCUUCACAAGAAGUAUCUAAAAAAGGCAAAGAAUUGACGAGGACAAACGUUGGUCCCAUGUAAAAACGUCUUGGCCAAGCCAAGGAACAACCACCUGCGUGAAACGAACAACUUGGAUGUUUUCAUGCAAAUCCAAUCUCAGAGACUUCGUCAGGAGCAUGCUGAAGGAGGCAAGCAUGCCUUAAAAAACACCAUUGCUGUAUGUAAAACUAUUUGUUAAUUUUUUUUGAAUGCUAGUCGACGACACUUCUUGUAGAGGUGGUCUACUGGUCUGAUACGUUUUUUCACUUUAUUUUUUUAUUUUUUUUUGGAGAUAUAUAAAAGCACAUUUUUUCUGUACAAGAUUCUUGUAUACAUACGUAUUUAUUCAUAAAUGCAAGAGCAUCAAUUUUGGGAUUGA